AUGACAACCGAAAAAGUUAUUAUAGUCACAGGCGGGUCCGGACUCGUUGGGAAAGCUAUAGAAUGGGUAAUAGAAAACGACAAUGGGCGUUUCGGCCGAAAGGAUGGUGAAAAAUGGAUAUUUCUUACAAAGGCAACGCGUGCAAUUUUCGAAAAGUAUAAACCAACGCAUGUAAUUCACCUUGCUGCAUUGGUUGGCGGGUUAUUCAAAAAUUUGAAGUAUAAGCUCGACUUUUUGCGGGAUAAUUUGCUUAUUAAUGAUAAUGUCUUGCACACUGCACAUGAAUACAAGGUAGAAAAAGUUGUAUCGUGUCUGUCCACCUGCGUAUUCCCUGACAAGACGACUUACCCGAUUGACGAGACAAUGAUUCAUAAUGGACCGCCGCAUCAUUCUAACUUUGGGUACGCGUACGCGAAACGAUUAAUCGACACACAAAAUAAAGCUUAUUUUGAUCAAUUUGGCCACCGAUUCACAUCAGUGAUUCCAACUAAUGUAUUUGGUCCGCAUGAUAAUUACGAUUUGCAAGAUUCACAUGUGAUUCCGGGAUUAAUUCAUAAAUGCUAUCUAGCCAAAAAAAAUGGAACUCCAUUUGUGGUUGCCGGUACCGGAAAACCUCUUCGACAGUUCAUAUACUCACGCGACUUGGCAAAGUUGUUUAUAUGGGUGUUACGAGAAUAUGAUCAAAUUGAUCCGAUAAUUUUGUCAGUUGGCGAAAAAGAUGAGGUGUCGAUAAAAGAUGUUGCUGAUACAAUUGUAAAGUAUUUGGGAUUUGGUGGAUCUUAUUCUUUUGAUACUACGAAAGCAGAUGGACAAUUCAAAAAAACGGCUAGUAAUGCUAAAUUACUAAGUUAUCUCCCGGAUUUUGAAUUCACUCAGUUUGAUGUUGCUAUUCAGGAGUCGGUCAACUGGUUUCUUGAAAAUUAUGAUAAAGCUCGUACCGGAAACCCUACUUAA